AUUCUUAAUUACAAUCAACGCGGAAGUGAUGAGUUUCGCGUCGUACGGAAAAUAAUGACAUAUAAUAUGUCAAUCGCUAAGUAAUCUUCUUAAUCUAAGAUACCAAAGAUAAGCCAUCUACGUGGGAGGAUAAUUAGGAUAAAAGACACAAAAAGCGUGUAUGUGCGGGUUGGUGUGGAAAAGUGAGUGAUAAAUAGAAGACGAUUGCCGAUAUAACUAUUUUGUGGGAUCAUGUCACUUGAGAGUCUGGUUGUUGAAACAAAGAGUGUUAACAUGAGCAACGUCAAGGACGGCUUUAUCGACUUCUUUUCUGGCUCCCUUGGUGGAAUGGCACUAGUCUUAGUCGGCCAGCCGCUGGACACCGUCAAAGUAAAAAUGCAAACCUUUCCAACGCUGUACAAGGGCAUGGCAGACUGUUUCAUGAAAACUUUGAGAACUGACGGAGUCAUGAGAGGACUGUAUGCGGGAACGAUGCCGUCAAUCGUUGCCAAUGUUGCCGAGAAUUCAGUCCUAUUUGCAGCUUACGGCGGCUGCCAAAAAGUUGUCGCUAACAUUAUGGGAGUUCCUAAAGUCGAGGAAUUGAAUUCAAUCGGCAACGCGUUUGCCGGCUUUUUUGCGGCAUUUUUUUCGUCGCUCACUUUGUGCCCUACAGAACUCAUCAAGUGUCGUCAACAGGCGAUGCGAGAAGUUGAGAGCCAAAAGAAGGGUCAAGGAGAAAAAGUCAAAUUCAUCGGGCCCUGGACGCUCACCAAACAAAUCCUCCAAGAACAAGGAAUCCCAGGACUGUUUAGGGGGUUGUCAUCAACAAUUGCGCGCGAGAUGCCUGGAUACUUUUGUUUUUUCGGAUCGUACGAACUUACUCGCGAAUUAUUGGCAAUACCUGGCCAAAGCAGAGAUGACAUUGGCUGGUUAAGGACUAUGAUUGCUGGAGCUGUUGGUGGAAGUGUGCUCUGGCUCGUUAUAUUCCCUGCUGACGUCGUCAAGAGCCGAAUUCAGGUUCAAUCUUUAAAGGCGCCGGCGUUGCAAGUGAUGAAAGAAAUUGCAAGGACGGAAGGAGUCAGUGCCUUGUACAAUGGCCUUAAGCCUACGAUGAUUAGGACGAUACCAGCUACAGCCACCCUCUUUGUCACAUACGAGUAUACAAAGAAACUGCUUCACCAAGCGUUGGAUUGACGCAUGCCCUGAACUUGAAUUUAGAGAAUUUUUUUUUCUUUUUAAACUAUCUUAUCGCGUGGUGAUUAGUUCAAUGCGAGGACAAUAUUUUUAUAUCACGUUCGAUUUAUACAAAGAACAAAAAUAAUAUGACAUAACAUCCGCGUACAGGUCGAACGACAUUAAAUGCAUUUUUUCUAACUUGAGAGAAAAAUGAUUAAAAAAAAGUUUAUUUUAUCGCGUAUGUAUGAAGUAUGUGCUUCUACAUAUUUUGUGCGGUAAAUCCAUUGUUAUGAGAAAGAGAAAACCUAUACAAUUUACUGUUGUUACCAAAAAAACUAGGAUAAUCAUCUUUCAAUCAGAUGGUAAAAUAUAUAGAUUAUUGUCUCUGUCUU